ACCCUUUCUCCUCUUAAACUACCCAACAACCACGACGACGCCACUCCACUGCCCCGUUUCGAAGUCAGAAAGUACUUGUGUAAAAUUGGAGUAAUCUAAUAUUAAUACGAGAAUUGAAGAAGUUUCUGGGAACCCAGUACCCAAGUUUCGAUUUUGUUGAUCUCCUGUUACGGAAAGAGGAAAAUUAUGCUGGAGUAAAAAAGUUUGAAGGUGGGGUGGUGUUGACUUGAUGCUAUUCUGAAUUUUCUUUCUUUGGUGUCGGGGAAAAUUCAGAGAUAAUUGGAAAUGGCGGUGGGGCGGAGAGACAAGAGCAGCCAAUUAUCAAACCGUGGAUCGCGAAUCGCGGCGGCGAUUGGGAUCGGAGUUGUUGUCGGAUGCAUUUUCGCGUUCUUGUUCCCCCAUGGAUUCUUCUCCUCGAAUCCGCCUGCUCAAAUUCGACCACUUUCAAAUUCCAAUCUUCAGGUUGAUUCGGCGCCGUGUGAAUCAACUGAAAAGAUAAACAUGUUGAAGUCAGAUAUUAUGAGGUUAUCGGAUAAGAAUGUUGAGUUGAAAAGGCAAGUAAGGGAGUUGAAUGAAAAACUAAGGUUGGCUGAGCAGGGAAAAGACCAUGCACGGGAGCAGUUUAUGGUGUUGAGUGAACCAAACAAGGCUGGGCCUUUUGGUACUGUGAAGGGUGUGAGGACAAAUCCAACUGUGACGCCUGAUGAAAGCAUAAACCCAAGACUUGCAAAGAUCUUAGCAGAGGUAGCAGUAGGAAAAGAACUUAUAGUUGCUCUUGCCAAUUCGAAUGUAAAACCGAUGCUUGAAGUCUGGUUCACUAACAUCAAGAAAGUUGGGAUUACUAAUUAUCUAGUGGUGGCAUUAGAUGAUGCGAUUGUUGAUUUCUGCAAGUCAAAUGAUGUCCCUUUUUACCAAAGGGAUCCAGAUGAAACUAUUGACUCUGUGGGAAAGACAGGUGGUAAUCAUGCUGUCUCAGGACUGAAAUUCCGGAUCUUGAGGGAGUUUCUGCAGCUGGGUUACAGCGUUUUACUUUCAGAUGUAGAUAUAGUUUUCUUGCAGAAUCCAUUUGAUCACUUAUACAGGGAUUCUGAUGUGGAGUCCAUGUCAGAUGGUCAUAAUAAUAUGACAGCUUACGGGUACAAUGAUGUUUUUGACGAGCCUGCAAUGGGUUGGGCUCGGUAUGCUCACACUAUGAGGAUAUGGGUUUAUAAUUCUGGUUUCUUCUAUAUAAGGCCUACCUUUCCUUCCAUUGAGCUGUUGGAUCGGAUCGCUGACAGGCUUGCUCGACAGGCAAAUGCUUGGGACCAAGCUGUUUUCAAUGAAGAGCUCUUCUUCCCUUCUCAUCCUGGUUAUGUGGGGCUUCAUGCUUCAAAGAGAACUAUGGAUUUCUAUCUCUUUAUGAACAGCAAGGUACUCUUCAAGACCGUCAGGAAAGAUGCUAAUCUGAAGAAACUGAAGCCAGUUAUCGUUCAUGUAAAUUACCACCCUGAUAAACUUCCAAGAAUGAAAGCUGUUGUUGAGUUCUACGUAAAUGGCAAGCAAGAUGCUCUAGAACCAUUUCCUGAUGGGUCAGAAUGGCAGUAAAAUGGCCUCCUAAUAUGAGAAUCUUCUUGCUACCAGUCAUGUUUUUCUUGCUUGUUUUCAUUGUACACAGGUAAUCGGACUCUGUACAUCAUCUUGGAGCAACGUGUUCUGCUAAUGCCGCUUAAACGAUCUUACUCUCCUUCCCAAACACCUUUUCCUGGUUCACAUGUUUUUUCCUUUUCCAUCCGUCAGUUUUAAUGUAGUUUAAUUUGAACAUAUCAAAUCUAUAUAUUCAAGUCCUAUCAUCUUACUACA